AUGAUCCAUUAACUAAAUAAUAUAAAUUCAAAAAUAUACUGUGAAUAUUUCAGAGAAUAUUUAGAAAUAUAAGAGUAUUUCUUUUAGAAUCCUAUAUAUUCUGAAUCAUACUAUGAUUGUUUGAAUUAAAUGUUUGCAAUAAUUACUAAAAAAGGUGGAUAAGCAUAGAAAAUAAAUAAUUCAAAUUACACUCAUAAAAUAAAUAAAGUUUAUGCUUGUAUAAAAAAUUCAAAAUUUACAUCUUCAAAAUUACUUAGAGAAGUUAGAAUAACUAAAAAUGGUUUAAUAUAAUAAAAAUUAAAAUCUUAAAAUAUUUCUUCUGAGAAAUUAUUAGAAUAUGUUGAGUUAAUACCUGAAAUUAUAAUGACUUAAGAUAUUAAAGGGAAAGAAUACAAAAUGGCAUUUGAAAAUUAGAAAUAAAAAUUGAAAUGGGUAUAUUUUGAUAAUUAUAUUGAUGCUCGAAAAGUAAGAGAUUUCUGUUAUGUUAAUGCUGCAAUAAAUAAUUUAAGAUACAAUUUAGCAGGUUUUAUUCAUUUUUUAAUAAAAAAUUUUAAUGAAAUGUGCAUAUAUUUUGUGUUAUAAAAGAUAACAAAAACUAGAUAAGAAAUGGAAAGAUUGUCAAUUAUUGAAUUAAAUUAAUCUUAAACUCUAUCUUUAUUUUCUCCUGGACUUCUAGCAAAACAAGACUAUGAAAUGAAAUAAUCAUUAUCAUUUUAGGAAAAUAGUAUUAAAACAUAAGGUUAAGAAAAUUAAUUAAAUCUAUUUAUCCAAAAAAUGGUAACAGAGUAUUUAGAUUAAAUAAUAGAUAAUCAUAUAGAAUUGAUUUAAGAUGCAAAUUUAGAAAAUGAUAAUGAAAUUUAAUCGGUUUCAUAUAUUUCUGUUUUCUAAUUAUCAGAUCAUCAUAAAUCAAAAUAUAUGGAAUAAAAUUCUAUUAAUUAAAUGGAUAUGUCAUGA